UGCAGCAGGUACAGGUCCUGUCACUCUCACGCGUUGGAUCGUGUUUGACAGCUCCGCGUGGAUAUUCUAGCUCUCAAGCUGCUUGUCCCGUGUGCGUGUGUGUGUGUUUUAAAGGAACCUUACUCGGCAGAAGCGUUUGGACAGUUAAUAGUGUCACAAGUUCAGCAAAUGAAGCUGGAGGUUUUCUGCGGGGGUCACUACGACUCCAAGCCCGCGGAGCUCUGCAGCGACGCCGAGGGCAGCAUCCCGUCGCCGAUGUCGGCGGAGGAAGAGCUGGGCUCGGAUGGAGACUGCGUGGCGCACAGUCCCGCACCUGUUCCUCCGGGCGCUGAGAGCAAAGGCAAGCCCUACACCCGGAGACCCAAGCCUCCGUACUCAUACAUCGCUCUGAUCGCCAUGGCCAUCCGCGACUCGAACUCGGGCCGCCUCACUCUGGCCGAAAUCAAUGACUACCUCAUGAAAAAGUUCCCGUUUUUUCGAGGCAGCUACACCGGCUGGAGGAAUUCAGUGCGCCACAAUCUGUCUCUCAACGACUGCUUUCUCAAGGUGCUGCGGGAUCCCUCCAGACCGUGGGGGAAGGACAACUACUGGAUGCUGAACCCGCAGAGCGAGUACACCUUUGCGGACGGAGUGUUUCGUCGGAGGAGAAAGCGCAUCAGCAAAAAAACAGGCAAGGAGCCAGAGGGGCCGAGCCAAGCUCCUGCGGUGGACACUAUUGUUACGCCCCCUUCCAGCACCAAGUUCACGAGCUCUUUCGCCAUUGACAGCAUCCUCAGCCGACCUUUCAGGAAAGAGGAACGCCCCGUUCACAAAGCUGACACCUGGCAGGGGGGAGUGGACAUGCUGCUGCCUUAUGUCAUGCGAGGCUCCCCUGUGGCUCUUCCUCACACGCAGGUGCUUCGACCCUACGGGCCCCCGGAGGACCCCGCCAUCAGCUGCCGUCACCAACGGGACUUUUUCCCAUUCCAGCUGACAUCCGAGUGCCUGUCGAUCCCACACACGACUGCGGCAGCGCCCGUGCCGGGCUUUCACCCGUUCAAAAUUGACUAUUUGUUGUCGUAAUAUCGUGUGGUUCUAGGGUGGGGUACUUUGGCACUUUCUGAGCACUUGUGACUUGAUAAAGACAUACAUUUCAUCCGCCUGCAUAAAGAUCGUCCGGGAAUGUUUUAUUCAAAAUGGCAAGGAGUGAAAGUUGUGAACUAUUUAAUAUUCUAUUUGUAUUGUCCUACUGAACGGUUGUGAUGUUUUAAGCUGUCAUCUGUGUAUUUAUUUGUCAUUUGUGUUUGUUCUAAGUGUGUUGAACCAGGUGCCUCAAGCGAGUCUUAUCAAAGUAAACUUGUUUUCAUUUCAGAUUUGCUGUUCAUGAUAAACUAGAGACGAGAUCAAUUUGAGUUCUUAUAAAGAAAGUGAGGCUCCUAGCUGCAUCUAAACUGGAAUUAUUGUAAACUACUUUCGCUGACAGAAUGCAUGCGCAUUUUAUAUUGAAUAAUAAAACAUGUUUUAAAAGUAAAUCGAUUCCUAUCAAUCAAUACGUUUAUCGGCAGAUGUUUGAAAAAGUAUAUU